AUGUUGUUCAACGCCGCCGUCCUGGUCUUGUCGGGCCUGCCGCUGCUGGCGAGUUCGGCUCCCGUGUCGGAGUCGCGGCCCAUCGACUACGAUGCCAUCAUCGUCGGUGGUGGUCCGGCCGGCCUGAGCGCCCUGAGCGGCCUCGCGCGCGUUCGCCGCAACACGCUGCUCAUCGACUCGGGCGUCUAUCGCAACGACAAGACGCGCCACAUGCAUGACGUCCUCGGCUUCGACGGCGUGACGCCGGCCUACUUCCGCGCCGCCGCUCGCGAACAGCUCUCCCACUACAAGACCGUCUCGGCCACCAACGGCACCGUGACCAAGGUUUCGCCCAUGGCAAACAACACCUACUUCGAGGUGACGAGCGAGUCCGCCGACGGCCGCAGCCGCGUCUUGACCGCCCGCAAGGUCGUCCUCGCCACGGGGCUCCGCGACAUCCUGCCGUCGACGCCGGGGCUCGACGCGAACUGGGGCCAGGGCAUCUACUGGUGUCCCUGGUGCGACGGCCACGAGCACGCCGAUCAGGAGCUCGGCCUCAUCGCCGGCCUCGAGGACAUCCCCGGCCUCGUGCGCGAGGUCCUCACGCUCAACCGGAACAUCACGGCUUUCGUCAACGGCACCGACACGGCCGAGACGCGCGCGGCGACGGAGCUGAAGAGCCCGCGGUGGCAGGAGUACCUUCGGCUGCACCGCGUGACCAUUGACAAUCGCAUCAUAUCGUCCAUCGAGCGCCUCGCCAACGGCACGACGGGCCACGAGGACCCGCGCCUCCCGACGGCGCCCGAGCUCGACCGCUUCCGCGUCCACUUUGCCAGCGGGCCGCCGGUCGAGCGGAGCGCCUUCCUCACGAGCUUCAAGAGCAAGCAGGCGUCGACGGUGGGCGAGGACAUGGGCGUGACGCUGUACGGCGGCCGACUGGCGGCCGACCAGUCCAAGGGCCUCGCGACCAACAUCUUUGGCGUCUACGCCAUCGGCGACGCCAACUCGGACAACGUCACCAACGUGCCCCACGCCCUCUUCAGCGGCAAGAGGACGGCCGUCUACCUGCACGUGCAACUGGAGCGAGAGAAUGCCGCCAGGGAGCUCGCGAACCUGCCGGCCGGGAACAACGUGACGAAGCGGAGCAUCGACGUCGAGGCCCGGUCCGUGUGGAACAUUAUGAACGGCCCAUCCGACGACAUGCUCCACGCCGGCGAAUUUGACCAGCCAUCAAUACCGCCGUUUGAGGAUGAGACCAUGACAGUCAAGCCGUCACGUCGAGCGCUCGGCUCGCACGAAGCCCCCGACGGCUUGCGAGCAGACGGCCGGAUGCGUUCGGCGGGCGAUGCUGAAAGACGGGCGGUGAGCGAUGCGAGAGCCGUCCCGUGGGAUGAGACGGCGGAUCAGGCAGGGCUCGCCGACGCCGACGCCGACGCCGACGACGACGUUCGAAUGGAAUUCAGCGUCAAGAUCAAGCAAGCCCUUGCUCGCGUCCGUGCUUGUCCGAGUGCCGCCGGCGACGGAGCAUGCCGUCGCCGUCAUGUCAUGAGCCGCAAGGUGAUCGAGGUACGGAUGUGCCGCAUGACAAAAUACAGCAGACGCGCCGCAGCUGCCCUCGUACGCGCUUUCGUCCCAUUCGGCGUGCUCGGCGUGCAUCAAGCAACCCAAGGGCCACGAGUUGGGGUGAAGACAUUGGUCCGGACUCGUUCGUACAAGGCAGAAGGCGUCAGGGAGAGCACCGUACUUGGGGGACACCGAACGGCACGGAGGGCCGUGUGCUGUGCUGUGCUGUUCUGCUCCGCGCCGUGCCGUGCCGCGCUGCGCUGCUCUCGCGUGCGACCUGUUCCUGAUGAAGGGUGGGCCACCGACUCUGGGUCGGCGAGGGCCAAGCUGGCAUCGAUCGCCGAGGCCGGACUCGAGGGCCGUCGGUUCCCUGGUACAUGCCCGCUUUUCCAUCUUGCCCGACGCACGCUCGACUCUGUUCGCCGAGGUCCGAACAUGGGAGCGGCCCCCGUCUGUUCGGGCAUGGUCCAGGGCAAGGGAGGGAACGGGUACAACGGACACGAGAAUGGGCAAGUGCCGUACGACUACAGGUACGUGUUAGCAUCCCCUGGUGAGCAUGGAGGGAUCGCCCCUACGCCUUGCGUUUGCACUCGCCGCCGUGACGGAGAAGACGACACAGGCGGACGUGCGGACGAGGCCGCGGACCGGCAAGGCGUGCGUGGGUCGAAGCGUGUCCCGACGCUGGCUGCGGCUGCACGGCUCGCACUGCAUGGCGGCGACGGGACGAGAUGA